UCUCUGCCCCUCCGGUCCUCCCCCUCCCCCCAUCCCUCGCGCCUCCGCCGGAGCCCCUGCUGCUGUGCUGCCCAGCUCGGCGUCUCCUGCUUAAAAAAACGCAGCUUUGCUAAAGCUUAUCCCAACUCGCUCUCUGCUGCCUGCCUGCUGCUACUUAAACAACAGAUCAGCGUCCCCCGCCGCAGCUCUUGCGAUCCCUCAAGAGCCACCCUGCACGCGACCCGAGGCCAAGAAUCGCCUCGCGUCGCUCCGUUCCGCUAGUGGUGUCGCCAACCCAACGCCGCCUCGAGCUCGAAUCCUCCUCCUCCUUCCUGGAAAGGGAUUUGCUUUCCAACCCUUGCUCCGUCAAAUCCUUUUCUGCAGCCAUUCCUACUGAGCUGCCGGCGCUUAGCUGGUGCUGCUGGCGUGUGUUUCAGAGAGAGAAAGAGAGGGAGAGGGACGGCAAAUGCUGGUCCAGGAACCGGUCGUCGUCGGCGAGCACGCGGGAUUCUCUUGUCCCCUGCCGGUUUGUCGAGGGAGGGAGGGAGUAGUGGCCAUCCCAGCUGGAGCACCUGAGGUCGUUGUUGCUCCUCCUCGGUCGCGUCUGGAUUGAUUUUGGCCGAAAGCUCUUGGGUUUUUCGGAAAGGGAAGGGAGAGCCGCCUUUUCGGUCCGGUUCCUGAUUAUUGCUACUUGCUCCGCCGAUUCGAUUCCUUGCCGAGAUUUAUCUCUUCUCCGCCGGAGACGGAGACUGGGGUGGAUAGAUAGAUAGAUCCUUUUCCUUCCCCGCCGGCCAUUCUUGCUCAGCUUUCUCCUCGGACCUCCAAACUGUUCGCCGGCCUAGUGGAUCACAGAUUUUCCAGGUUCCGGUCGAGAUUUGUGUGCGAGGCGAGCAGAGGUUGAGCAGCUUGCUCUGAUUCGGUGUGCGGGGAUGGUGUCGAGAUCCUACUCCAACCUCCUGGAGCUCGCCUCCGGCGGCAGCGGCAGCGGCAGCGACCCGCUGCCGCAGCUGGGGCGCCGACGGAUACCUCGCGUGGUGACGGCGUCCGGCAUUGUGCCGGACCUCGACGUCUCCGACGACGACGCGGACGCGGACGCCGCCUCCGCGGCCUCCGACCACUCCUCGCACGCGCCGCGGGAGCGCGUCAUCAUCGUCGCCAACCAGCUCCCGGUGCGCGCCUCCCGCCGCGCCGCCGGCGGCGGCGGCUGGGACUUCGCGUGGGACCAGGACAGCCUCCUGCUGCAGGUCAAGGACAGCCUCCGCGCGCACCACGGCCGCGCGGACAUGGAGUUCGUCUACGUCGGCGGCCUCCGCGACGACGUGCCGCCCGCGGAGCACGACGAGGUCGCGCACGAGCUCCUCGAGGGCUUCGGCUGCGUGCCCACCUUCCUGCCCGCCGACCUCCGCUCCCGCUUCUACCACGGCUUCUGCAAGCAGCAGCUCUGGCCACUGUUCCAUUACAUGCUGCCACUGUCGCCGGAGCUAGGUGGCCGCUUCGACCGCCUCCUGUGGCAGGCCUACGUUUCGGUCAACAAGAUCUUCGCCGACAAGAUCCUGGAGGUGAUCAGCCCCGACGAAGACUUCGUGUGGGUGCACGAUUACCAUCUCAUGGUGCUCCCGACGUUCCUGCGCAAGCGCUUCAACCGGGUCAAGCUUGGCUUCUUCCUCCAUAGCCCGUUCCCGUCCUCGGAGAUCUACAAGACCCUGCCUGUGCGUGAGGAGCUGCUCCGGUCGCUGCUGAAUGCCGAUCUGAUUGGGUUCCACACUUUUGAUUAUGCCAGACACUUCUUGUCAUGUUGCAGCAGGAUGCUCGGAUUGAAGUAUGAGUCGCAGAGGGGCUACAUUGCUCUGGAGUAUUACGGUCGGACAGUUACUAUCAAGAUCUUGCCUGUGGGAGUUCACUUGGAGCAGUUACAGUCAGUCCUCAACCUCCCGGAGCUUGGGGUCAAGGUUGGCGAGCUUCUGAAACAGUUCCGUCAUCGGAAUCGGCUGCUGUUGCUUGGUGUUGAUGACAUGGAUAUCUUUAAAGGAAUUAGUUUGAAGCUUUUGGCAUUUGAGCAGCUCCUGAUGCAGCAUCCAGAAUGGCGGGGAAGGGUGGUGCUUGUUCAGAUUGCCAAUCCAGCAAGGGGGCGAGGAAAGGAUGUGAAGGAGGUACAGGAAGAGAGUGAUGCGAUGGUGAAGCGCAUCAACGAUGCAUUCGGGCAGCCAGAUUACCAGCCGGUGAUACUGAUCGAUAAGCCUCUGCAGUUCUAUGAGAGGAUGGCUUACUAUGUUGUCGCGGAGUGCUGUUUGGUUACUGCAGUGAGGGAUGGCAUGAAUCUGAUCCCAUAUGAGUACAUAAUUGCUCGACAAGGGAAUGAGAAGAUAGAUAGUAUCCUAGGUCUUGGCCCGGCUUCAAGGAAGAAGAGCAUGCUUGUUGUGUCAGAGUUCAUCGGGUGCUCGCCCUCACUGAGCGGUGCUAUCCGUGUGAACCCUUGGAACAUUGAUUCAGUGGCCGACGCAAUGGACUAUGCAUUGGAGAUGCCUGAAGGGGAGAAGGUGUUGAGACAUGAGAAGCAUCACAGAUAUGUGAGCACACAUGAUGUUGGGUACUGGGCUAACAGCUUCCUGCAAGAUCUUGAGCGGAUUUGCCUGGACCAUAACAGGAGGCGUUGCUGGGGCAUAGGAUUUGGGCUAAAGUUCAGGGUCGUAGCGCUGGAUCCAAACUUCAAGAAGCUUGCGGUUGAGCACUUGGUCUCGGCCUACCGGAGGACAACAAAGCGCGUCAUUCUCUUGGACUAUGAUGGGACGCUGAUGCCUCAGACUUCGUUCGGUAAGAGUCCUACCUCAAGGACGAUAGAGGUGUUGAACAGCCUUUGCCGUGACAAGAACAACAUGGUCUUCCUUGUGAGUGCAAAGAGCCGGAUGACUUUAAACGAGUGGUUCUUACCAUGUGAGAGCCUUGGGCUAGCAGCUGAGCACGGCUACUUCCUCAGGCUGAGAAGAGAUGCAGAAUGGGAGACAGCAUGCGUUCCUGCGAUAGACUGCAGCUGGAAGCAAAUCGCAGAACCUGUGAUGAAGACCUAUACUGAGACUACAGACGGGUCGACAAUUGAGAACAAGGAAACCGCUAUCGUUUGGUGCUACGAGGAUGCUGAUCCUGAUUUCGGAUCUUGCCAGGCCAAGGAGCUCCACGAGCAUCUCGAGAGUGUGCUUUCAAACGAGCCGGUAUCAGUGAAAGCUGGACCCAACCUUGUUGAGGUGAAGCCACAGGGCGUAAGCAAGGGCCUGGUGGCGAAGCGGAUCCUCUCCACGAUGCAGGAGCGGGGCGACCUGCCGGACUUCGUCCUGUGCGUGGGCGACGACCGGUCCGACGAGGACAUGUUCGAGGUGAUCACGACGGCGGCGAGGGGAGUGUCCCUGCAGGCCGAGGCGGAGGUGUUUGCGUGCACGGUGGGGCGCAAGCCCAGCAAGGCCAAGUACUACCUUGACGACCCCGCGGACAUCGUGCGCCUCGUCCAGGGCCUCGCCAACGUCUCCGACGACGACCAGACGCACGCCCCGCCACUCCCGACGGACACCGUACCGAGGUGAACCGCCGCCGGAACCGGUUAACGGCGCGCAUGAGCUAGCUCUAGGGCAGCAUGAGACCUUUUUUGGUGGUGGAAAGGGAAGACCGUGGGCUUGGCUUUGCUGUUCCCAGGUGUACAAAAUGGUCUAGGAAUGUUGUGGUCCUUGUUCGUGCUGCCUCGCUCGUCGUCGCCGUCGUGGCCAUCUGUUCGGCUGGCGUGUACAUAUAAACAUAAGCCAGUCGCCGACGAGGUCGCCCGGCGGUCACGUCGAUUUGCCGCCGGGUUACUGUGGCUCUGGAAGCUCACAGGGAGAGGUCGUUGCGGGUCGUCGCGUUGCGUUUCCUUCCUUUUUGUCUGUGGGUCGGGACGGACGGGCCGGGUGGUGGAGGCCGGCGUCAAUAAUUCCCGUCGCCACCCCUCGCUGCAGCAAAUGAUGGCGAGCAACAGUGGAGUGCAGUGGAGUGGAGGUGGUGAGGUGGUGGUGGUUGCAUUGCACUUGCUGAGCCGCCGCACAGCAGCAGCCAACAGCAGAUGCACUGCACUGCACUGCACAGUGGCCGCCUUAUCCUGUUUGCCUAUCGGGGCAAUGGUUCUUUCAGCCGGGUCUAAUCAUGUUUGGUGGGAUAAGGUGCCUGCCGUGUUUAGCAACGAGGGAUACAAUACAAAGAGAUUAUUGUUGCCAUCGAUCGCCGAUGUGUGGUCUCGGUGGGACUAGCGCAGCGCGUUUCGUCUUUUGGCCUUGGGUGGCCGGUUGCCGUCCUGAUCUGUGACACUUGUGUGCUCUGGAAGGCGAUAGAUACUAGUACUACUAGACUGGGGGUAGAGUAGGGUGUUACUGUAAGUCACCUGGUAGGUAGCUGAAUAUGAUGGUCUGUUCUCUGUUGUUGUGUCCUAUUCGUUUUGUGGGAAUUUGGUUUAUGCUGAUGCUUAUGUUAAAA